UUCAGUACCCUAUAUACCACCAGUUCUGUUUUUAUGGAAAGUGCUGGUUGCACUUAUAAUUAUAUUAUACUGUACUUAUAUAUUUAUGAACGCUGAUAAUGGAGUCUAUAAAGCUACUGCUGACGGUUACUUUUCCCAAUUAUCUUCAAAGCCUGCCCAUUCCCGAUACUUUAGGAGGAUUUGCUGACCUAACAGGUUCUGAUAUGUUGCGUCUAGUGCCAAUCAUUGGAACACUUGCUGCGGCAGUGUAUCUGGUAGUUUCAGCCAUGACGGCAAAGAAAGAUGAACCACCGCCACCACCUAAAGUUAAUUAUAACUGUGUUGAUGGAGACAAGGAUAAAGUUGUCCACUCAUUUGAUGUUGAAGAUCUUGGAAAUAAGACAUGUUUCUGUAGAUGUUGGAGAUCCAAAAAGUUCCCGUACUGUGAUGGCUCACACAACAAGCACAAUGACGCAUGCUGCGACAACGUUGGUCCUCUGAUCAUCCAGAAGCCGGAGAAAUCCUCGUAAUUCAGUUUAAAAUAACUCAAUAUGGGAUAGAUUAUUCAACCCAAUGCUUAAGAAUUAACCUUUAUAUUAACUGCAGGGACAUUAUUAUAAUAUGUAAUUUAUUAGUGUUGGACAAUUUCUGAUUUCAGUUUUCAAAAAAUCCAGAUUUAAAUCAAAGUACUGUAAUAUGCAAAAUCUACCUUAAACACUGAUUAAAAAAAAAACACCGUAGAAGUAAGCUACAGGAUUAUUUGAAAUUUUGGGUGCUUUUUAAACAGUAGGAUUAACAAAAACAACUACAGUUCUAAUAAUUACAGUAUUAGGUAUGAAAUGAAUUUAAUGCUACUAUACAUGAAAUGAAACAUUCUUCUUACAAAUUUAUAUUAAAUAUUGUUUAAUAUCUUUGUGUUAUUAACUAGUUGGGUGUGUAAAAAUAGUUUUUAUAGGCAAUCAUUUGAUUAUUUUGAUAUAGUUUCCUUUAUGUUGCACGAAGGCAUUGCCUAAUUAUAUGCUGAAGAUGAUUACUGUGUAUUGUGUUCAUUUGUUUGUUACACUAAACUGAAAUUAUUUCAUUGAAUGAUCAACUUGAAAAAUAAAAACAUUAUUAAUAUUCAGUGGCAUAUCUAUAGCACCCCCCUCCCCACCUUGCAAAAUUCUUGAAGUACAAUUAUUGAAAAGUUUCUGACAAUCUCAUUUAGACAAGACUUUUUUUAAGUCUUGCCUUACUUACUGAGGUGGUUUCUAAGGAGAUCUUGUUUCUGCGUACGAGGAGCCGUGCAUAUGGGCUUCUUUGCGUGGUAUUUUUGUAAAAUGAAGAUUAAAGUUGAAGAUUAACAUUAGAGGCCUUCAUAGUCCACUUUU